UUUAGUUGUGUAUCGAAUCCCGUUAGCAUUAUGCCUUGAUAUGUGGUCUAGUGAGAAAAAAGUGUAGGAAAAACAAUCCAAGCGUCCAUCAACCGACGUGAAGGUAUUCUCCGAGGUUUAUGGACUCUUUAUUCGGUGGUGGUGGUGCGCAAAGGAUACGUGUGCGGACAAUCGACAUUCGAAUAUAUUUGAUGCACAGCCAUUCGCUGCUAUUGGUCGAGUUCGUCGAGUUGUUGCCUCUUUCCACCUCCCCAAGUGGCGCAUAGCCCCAUUCCGCUGGUGAAAAACCGUUUUUUGCAAUAUGCCAAGAUCUAACAGCUCGGUAAUACCUGUGUCUGUGUACGAAUUUCUUUGUGAUAAGUGCCGCACACGUAAGAGGAUUCAUUCAUACACGUACGCCGUUACGAGGAGACAAUUCGCCCUGAAUUAGAAAGAAAAAUUUGAAUCUCUGUAUCCACGAUGUAAAUGAGGCCUCGUGUUGAGGGUCCGAUAGAAAAACUACAGAUAGCGAUAGAACGAAUCGGAAUCGGGUGCAUAAUUUUAGGAGAAAAAAAUCAUACCAUAAAAACAAGAAAGAAAAAAAAGUGCUUGACAAGGAAACAAAACAACACGAAAUUCAACGCGAGUGUUGUGUUUGAGAAAAUCGAGCGUCGGCCAGCGGUCGCGACUCGAGCGAGCAAACAUGACAGCAAUGGCGCAGAAUUCUGAACUAGGGCUGUUCGUAACGCACGUUGAGACCGACGGACCGCUGCUUAAAAUAUGGGGUCAGAUCGACCGAAACGCGGCCACGUGCGUUGAGCGAAUGAUUCUUCCACUGAGCGAAAAAUUCGCCCAAGGCCUAGCGCUUCCGAAUCCCGGCUACCCGCUGACGCCUAACAUGAUAUGCUGUGCUAGGUUCCAGAACGAGGGCUAUUACCGAGCAAAAAUAUGCAACGUGCAGCCCAACGGCAAUGUCCUAGUCCAUUUCAUGGACUAUGGAAACUAUGAGGUCCUGCCGCCCACAGCUAUAAGACUGCUCGAUAACAUACCAAGCGCUGUGUCUCUGCAUGCGCUGCCUCCGCUGGCCCUGGACUUUGUGUUGGCUCACAUUCUUCCGAUCAAUGGAACCUGGGAGAGCGGUACAAUAGAGUCAAUAAAGCAGACUCUCCGCUACGCCGACCUUAAGGGAAUCCUGCACUCAGUUAUUGGGUCCCGCAGACUGCUCAAGCUUUUCUACAAUAACGAGGACUUCGGCGCGCUGUUGGUGAGCAAAGAAUUAGCUGUUUCCGUAACGCUUCAGGACAUGUUCGCAGCACAUCAGCGAGCAACGCAACCACGCGUCCCUCAGAUGCUCAGAGAGUCCGUGGCACCCUCUUUGGGCCAUAAUUACUCGCCUAGGCCGCAGCACAACAUGUACACAGAGUCGUCACCCAGGUCAAAUCCUCCUGUUCAGGAGGAUUGGAGAAGCCCGCAACACCGAAUACCACCCGUGACUGCGCCUCCGCCUGCCUCUGCCCCUGCCCCUGCCCCUGCCCCUACCCCUGAGGCCCUAGUCUUCAAGUCCCGAGUUCUGGAUGUAGGUUCUAUGCACGACGUUUACGUGUCGUUUGUUGAGGAUGGACCAAUGAAAUUCUCAGUUCAGGUAAAGAGUACAGCACAAAUCCUCACACAGCUGAUGGCAGAUGUGAACAACCAUCCUACUGCACCUCUGCAAGAACCGCCAUUGCCCGGAUCGGUUUGUCUGGGUCGUUAUUCGCUGGAGGGAGUUCUCUGCAGGGCGGUGGUAAUGUCAGUUAUGGAACAGAAGUGCAAGCUUUUCUAUGUCGACUUUGGACACACAGAAGUUUUAUCUUAUUCGGACAUUUUCCAACUGCCACCUCAAUUCAUACAGCCCAAGGUCCUCUCCAUCAGAUUCACCUUGAGCGGUCUUAAGGAGCUAAACAUUACCGAUGAAGUCAAGGAUUACUUCAAGAAAAUUGUCACUGGAAGACCGCUAGUGCUUCAUGUUCGGCCGCCAGAAGGACCCCCGCUAAUACAGUAUGGAGAUUUGUACGAUGGCGGUGUUAAUGUCAGAGAUGUUUUGAAGAAAACUUUUCCUAGCUCUGCUCCUGUUUUUUAUCAAGAAGCUCCUAUGCUUAAGCAGGGAUUCAAGGACAUGAUUCAUGUCUCUUUCGUCGAAUCAUACACAAAGUUCUUCGUGCAACUUGACAGCGGCAUCAAGUCCCUCACUUCCGUCAUGGCGUGUUUGGCUGAAUAUGCCUCGAAAGCUCCGCCGCUUGACGAAAAAACUCUGCAAGUUGGAAGACCAUGUUGUGCUUCUUACGUCGAAGAUAAACAAUGGUAUAGGGCACAGAUUUUAAAUAUCAAUGGAGAGCAAGCGACCGUGCUUUACGUUGAUUAUGGAAAUCAAGAGACAGUAGCUGUGUCCACGUUACGAAGAAUACACGAUGAUCUGGUUGUUAACUUGAGAGCACAGGCCAUCAGCUGUGUCCUGAAUGGUUUUCAGUCAACACCUUUCAAUCAGGAACUUGCUGAUCAGUUCGAGUUAAUUGUUCUGGAAAAGAAACUCGCAAUGGAAGUAAUCGACGUACUUCCUAAUGGUACUCUUGUAGACUUGUACGAUUGUACUGUUGCUCCAAUGGCCAGCAUCGCUUCUCAAAUAAAAGUUUCAAGCCAACCCAGAAGACCAAUAAGUUCGCCAAAUAAUGCGCACACAGCUAAUGAGCAGGUCAUAAACUUGUCGCCAAAUCUGGAAUCUAACUAUCAAAGUGACGAUCGUAACGGCAAAUGGGGCAAAAGUGGUAAAUCGAACACAUGUGGCCAAGAGACAAGAAGCAGCGAAUGGGGCAGUAAAUCGAGAAAGCCACAAUUUGACCAAAACAAUCAUUACGAACGACCACUGAAUAAAAUUGUAAAAGAAGUCGAGAAUGAGCAAAGGCAGAGAGACAGCAAUCGACAUAAUGGAGAAGAACGAUUGCACCAAAGCGAAACGCGAAAUAACCAUUUCAACAGAAAUGAACCCGGUGGUGGAAACAGGUUCGAUAGAAACGACGACAGUGGGUCACGAAGAGGCAGGGGAGGUAGAUUUGGCUCAAGAGAUGGGAAUCCAAGGGAUGAUAAUAGGUUUGAAAAAAAUCUUGGCAAAGAUGAUAGUUUCAGCGAUAGAGAUUCUGACACUUCGUCGAGGGGCAGCAGCCGGCGCGGCAGCAAAGGGUCCAGAGGAAUUAAAGGAAGGGGAGACAGAGGGUCGCGCAGAGGUGGAGAGAGGAAACAGGCAAGUGGAAAAUGGAGCGAUGGCGACAGUGAUAGAAGUAGUACUAAAAGCAAUCAGAGUACCGGAUUUAGAUCAAGGGAUAGAAAUUCGUCCAACUCGUCUUGGAAGAAUCCUAAGGCUAAUAAAUCAAGCUCCUGGAAUUCCAUGUCUCCAACUUCACCUGUCAAAGAUACGCCCAGAGGGCAGAAGCUCAAAAUCCCACCCCCAAAUAUAACUGUAGGUGCUGCAAAAGAUGUGGAAAUAAUCUACACGAACAGUCCAACGGAUUUUUACGUCCAGUUGUGUCCCGACAAUGUGGAACUUGAUACAGUUAUGGAGAAAAUAGCCCAAACGUACAAUGAUGGUGGGAAAAUUGUCAGGCGUUCGGAUUUACAGAAAGGACUAUGUUGCGUGGCUCAAUAUUCUAGUGAUUCUAAAUGGUACCGAGCUGUUGUUCAGACAAACAAAGCAGACAGUGCUAGCGUCCAUUUCAUAGAUUAUGGCAACGCAGAGACAGUUGUAAAUGACAAAAUCAAGGAGAUUCAACCAGAUCUUGCAAAAUUAUCCGCACAGGCGGUGCACUGCAAGUUGUUCGGUGCAACGAAAACAACGUGGUCAGACGAAGAAAUUGACACCUUUGCUCAAUCUACGGAAGGAAUUCCGUUGGAAGCCGAGUUUAUUUUGCAGUCUAACGAAGUUUACGAAGUACUGCUCAAAUACACCGGAGACAAUGGCUUAGAACCGAAAUACGUGAACCAACAAUUCUGUGGUAAUCUAGACUUGCAGCAGGCCAAAAAAGACGCUAGGAACAUUACUCGAAACGACAGAAGAAAGCCAGCUCGUGUUACGCCGCAAUACAUUCCAGCAGGUCAAAAGUGGAACGAUGAAUCCUUCGCUUCAGGGUAUCAAGUCGAUGUUGUCGUCACUUGGUUCGUUAAUCCGAACAAUUUUUACUGUCAGAUUCUUAGCAAGCAGUCGGAGUUUAGGAACAUGAUGAACGAGAUACAGGAUGCUUAUGUCGAUCAACAGCCCAUCAAGAGUACCCUGCAGGUCGGGGCACCGGUGAUAGCAUUCUUCUCUGAUGACGGAGCUCUAUACCGAGCAGAGAUAAAAGAACUGAAUAAACUGCGUGGUCACAUAGUGCAAUACAUUGAUUUUGGAAAUUGUGCAAUGGUUGAUCCAUGCAAAAUAUAUCCGGUAGAACAGAGGUUCGCCAAACUUCCCAAGCAAGCUAUGCACUGCACACUUAGCAAUAUCCUACCGGCGACUGGAAUCGACUGGUCUAAGGCAAACAAGCACGAAAUCGACAAAUAUUUCGACGCAGAUAAAUUCAAGUGUACAUUCCAUGGAACCAAGGAUGGCAAAUACUUGAUAUCCCUGAAUAACAGGGGAAAGGACAUUGCCGAAUCGAUGAUCACCAUAGGUCUUGCUAUCAAUUCCAACCAUGUCACUGAAAAAUCAGCCAUCAAUAAUGUUACAUUGGCUGAACAGUGCAAACCUAUUCCUGGUGUAGAAAAAGAAGAUCCGGCACUGUGGAGUGGACAAACGAUUCGAACGAAGGUUUGCAACAUUCAAGGAGCUGCAAAGUUUUACAUUCAACUCCCGCCAUUGAUUGAGUCGCAACAAGCAGUAGACAACCUCAUGAGUUCUACAAAUGCUGGCCAUCUGGCGGAGUGCUAUCUUAACGUGACUCCUACACCACAGAUUGAUGAAAAGCUGAAAAAGUCUAUUGAAGGAAAAGAAUUGAUCGUUUGUAUAAACAGCGUAAAUAACCAAAGAUUCGCAGUGCAGUUGUACGACUUAUUAGGCCAAAAGAUCAAGAUACUCGAGACAGACACAGACGACAGCAUUGGCCCUAUAUGUCCAUUAGCAGUUUUCGCAUCAACACAGAAAGUGUGGGUAACGCACAUCGACAACGCCGAAAGUAUAUGGCUGCAGAGAUCAACCGAUUUGGACAAAAUUGCCGAGGUGUUGAGCUCGUUGUACGAAUAUUACUCAGCCUCUGGUACGCAACUCGUUCCUGAAGUUGGGAAAUUGUGCGCAGCCAAAUCUGAGGAUAAGAACUGGUACAGAGCGAUGGUAGAAAGUGUAAAAGACACCAACGUUGUCGUUAGAUUUAUCGACUACGGAAAUUGCGAAGAAGUCCCAUGCAGUGGAAUAAGAAACCUUGAGCCACAAUUUUAUGUGCCACAUCAAAUGGCCAUUAAAGUAUCUCUGAUUGUGAAUCUAAAAGGAAGUGAAGAAGAGCAAAAAACGCUGCUUCAUCUACAUUUGGACGACAAGGAGUUCACGGCGAAUUUUUACAACAUGGGAAAAAAAUGGAUCGUCGAACUCACCGAGAAUGACAAGAAGAUGAGCCAAAUUCUGUCUGAACAAGGAAUAGUCGUGGAAUUUAAGAAAACCGAACCCGAGCAACAAGAGAUACCGGAAAUGAUCGUUGGCAACAAGUACAAAGUCUUUUUGUCACACUCGGAUUCACCAGCACAAUUUUGGCUCCAAAGAAACGAGGAAAUUGAAGCGAUAAACGUGAUGCAGGCGAAUCUACAGCUCGCGGCGCCAAAUUUUGCACCUAUCACUGGCAUACCCGAAGAGGGUACUUUGUGUGCGGCUCUCUACUCCGUCGACAGUAUGUGGUACAGAGCGGAAGUGUUGGAUGCAGAUGAAGACAUAACAACGGUAAGAUUUAUAGACUAUGGAAACACUGAUGUUGUGGAUAGCAAUUCAAGCAACAUUAAAGAGCUGCCACAGAACUUGAAGAGCAUUAAAAAGUAUGGUCUCAAGUCGAGGCUCGACCUGAUUCCAACUGGCUCCGAAGACUGGAGCACAGCGAGUUGCGAAAUGUUCGAAACUAUGGCCACGUCCACGGAUGCUCCUAUCACAGCGUUGAUCAUUGCAGACAGUGUGCCGAGGCGAGUAGAAUUGUUUGUUGAUGACAAGAGCGUUGGUGACGCCUUGGUGAACGAAGGCCACGCAAUCAUGGUUCACAAUGCUGAGGAUCUUAUCGACGAGAUUAUUGACUUGGAACUCGACCCGAGAUCCGCGUUUGUAAGCCAUGUAAAUUCGCCAAGCGAAUUUUGGGUCCAGGAAGAGAAGUCAGUGUCGGAUCUUGAGACAAUGACUGACAGGUUUAUCGUUGCUGAAAUGUUUCCAAAACUCAAAGACAUCGUUGAGGGAAGUUUAUGCGUUGCCAAAUUUCCUGACGACGAAUUGUGGUACAGAGCUCGCGUCAAGUCGUACGGUCCGGCCGGUACUCAGGUACUUUACAUCGAUUAUGGAAACUCAGCUGUGUCGACGGAAAUUAGAACAAUCCCCGAAGACCUGGCAGCUGUUCCACCAUUGUCUAGAAAAUGCUGCUUGAAGUUGCCAUUGGGAGUCAAGGAGUGGUCAGUCAAUGCCAGCAACAAAUUUAUUGACCUCGCUGCUGAUGGAGCGACAAUAUUUUUACUCGACGUGAUAGAAGAGGGCGAAACUUCGGUGGUAAACCUGACUCUAGAUGGCACAAAUGUGGCCGAUCAGUUGAUUCAAUACUGUGAAGUCCUGCCUGUGAUAGACGAACGACUUCCGCCGUUGGGUGAGGAAAAUUCACCGAACGUAGUCGUCAGCCACGUUAAUUCGCCAUCAGAGUUUUGGACUCAGGCUGAAAGCAGUAUCACCGAACUGGAGAUUAUGGCUAGUCGUCUACUCGAUGCGCAGAGCUUAUUACCUCUGAAUACUUUUGACAAAGGAACCAUUUGCGCUGCCAAAUUCCCAGACGAUGGCGAAUGGUACAGGUCGAAAAUAUUAUCUCACAGUGAAGGAGUCGGCACCACUGUGCUGUACUUUGAUUACGGCAAUUCGGCCCUGACAACCGAAUUGAGGAUACUGCCAGAAGAUGUUGCCAAUAUCCCGAGCCUGGCCACCAGAUGCACUCUUGCAUUACCAAGUGACGUUGAGAGCUGGUCUGAAGAGGCUUGCGAAAAGUUCAAUGAAUUAGUGGCGGACGGUGUCACGAUGUUCCAGUUUGAGCUGCUUGAUAAUAACGAUCCGACGCUGAUAUCCCUGCAAUUGGAAGGCAAUGAUGUUGUAGAUAUCCUGAAGCCGUUGUGUACCAAAAAAGUUAGCAGUGAAAACAAGGCGAUUUCUGAUUCUGAAACUGCUAAGGUAAUCGAAACCAUAGAAAAAGAUGAAAGUGAGGUAGAGAUUAUCAGAACUGAGAUUACUCACUCGGAAGAGGCAAAGAUAGACAAAAACAGCAAACACGAUCAAGACGAGAUACAGAUUAUUGAAACUGCUAAGGUAAUCGAGACCAUAGAAAAAGAUGAAAAUGAGGUAGAGAUUAUCAGAACUGAGAUUACUCACUCUGAAGAGGCAAAGAUAGACAAAACCAGUGAACACGAUCAAGGCGAGAUACAGAUUAUCGAAACUGUAAUUUCUGAUUCUGAAACUGCGAACAUGAUCCAGACCAGUGAAAAAGAUCAAAGCAAUUUAGAGAUUAUCGAAACUGUGAUUACCGAUUCUGAAACUGUAAAAGUGAUCCACAUCAGUGAAAAAGAAGAGGAUGAGGUAGAAAUUAUCGAAACUCUAGAAAAUGGAAAUGAAGUGAUCAAGGAGGAAAAUAUUAGUUAUAAAAUAGAGGCUGAUGAAGUUCAGAUUAAUGGUGAUACCUGCCAAGAUGACAUAAUUCAGACUGAUAAAUUAGAAACUGCUAUUAUUUCCGACAGUAACGAAGCUAAGGAUACUCCGAUUAAUGGCUCAAAAAAUCUCACCGAGAUUGGACAGCCUCAGACUGAUAAACCCGUUGCGUCAGAAGCAAAAAAUAAUCAAGCCGAUGUUUGCAAAGCUCAGCAACCUUCUGUUUAUAUUUUCGAUAUCCCUAAAGCCCCAGCACCUACUCCGAUAGAUAGGUUAGAUGCCUUAAAGAUUAAACAAAUUACCGAUACAAGCACCGUUACUGGUAAGAGCGAAAUAGUGGAGGAAGAAGAAAAAUCAACCGAAACCUUAACGGCUUUGGCUACAGAAGAAAAAACAGAACUGCCUGAACAUGAGUCGAAAGUUAAUCCCGAGUUACUGGUACCUAAACUUGAACCCAAUUUAGAAGAACCCGAGGCAAAUGCCGAAACAGAAGAUGCUAUCAACGUUAUAAAAAGCUCGGCUAAUCUAGAAGUAGAUCAUCCCGAAGCACCUGUUUUACGAAGUAGCAUUGUGGAAAGUAGUUCUGAGGUAACCACAACGGAAAUCAAAGUAAUUGAAGAGGCAGCGAUCAAUGGCACUGUAGAAUAUAGUAAGGUGAAAGAAGAAUCGAAUUAUGCUGCCGUCGAGGUAUCAGGUGAUGAAAGUGUACCUGAAAGGGUAACCAAAGCUGAACCAGUUUCUGCCAAGACAGAGGAACAUUCACAACCAACCUACGACGUCUCAAGGGAUGGUGAGGUUGUUACACCGAAGAAAACGCCAAAGAUUGACAAAAUUGUUCCUGGGAGUGUAUCAAGGGGAUCAAUGGAGGACGAUAUUCCUGUGAGCAUGCUCAGCCAACGUCGAUCGAGUUGUUCAGAUGACAAAAUUGUUCCCGGUAGUAUCAACAAAGGAAAUGACCUGAGUAGAGCCGAAUCGUCAGAUUCUUUACAUCAGGAAAUAGUAGAUGCUAUUUCGGGUGUGACGAAAGUUGAAGCGAAAGAGGAAACUGCUCCGGUUACACUCGGGAAAACUCAGUUAGAGAACAAAAUUGUACCCGGAAGUAUAUCUAGAGGGGAAUCUCCGAGUAUCGAACAAAAUCGACCAGUAACUCCGAAAACUCCUCACUCUGAGAAGUUGCUGGCUGGUGCUGUGAAUUUGCAAGAAAACUUGUCGGAUUUCGAUGAACAAGAUGAAAUACUUACCGUCGAAGUAGAGAACAACAUUCCUAAGUACAGAUUAUAGCUUAUAUCAUACUUCCCAGUUACAGACGGAACGAACUUGUAUGAAAAUAACGAAUAAUAAUAUUAUAUUAAUGAAAGGAAAGGUCUGCAUAUUGUUAAGACAUUGCACGAUUGAGUUCAAUGCACAGCUAUUAGCAACGAUACUUACUAUAAAUUUCUGUUCUAUUAAUUAACAUAAGGAUAACUGACGAUUAAUAUUUUAAGCAAGAAUAAUACUGUAGUAAGCCGUGCUAAAGACACCCUAUGCAACAGAUGCCAAAGAUUUCUUGUUGCUGAUCCAAUAAUUUCUUGUUCUUUAAUUUCACGUUGAAUAAAAAUAAUAUAACAAUAAAAAUAAUACUGUUAACCAAACGGGAUGAAGAAUUAUUGAUGUAAUUACAUUAUGUUCGUUUUUAUUUCGGAAGUAAGAUUUUCGUCGUGAUUUUUUCUUAUCAAAAUACACAUUAGUAUCGUUUGUUUUUAUAAAUUUUAUAUACAUCAACAUAUAAAAAAUGUAUAUAAAAAAAUGAUCUUGAUAGAAGAGUUGGAAAAAAAACUACAUUAUCGAAGAAAAUUUUAUUUUCGAGUGAUCGUUUUAUGUAAAAAGAAUUUGAGAAAGUAAAAAAAAAAAAAUUUGGCAAAAAUUUUAGAGGUGCAUACAUACGCUUUGAAAAUAUGUUUCUUUUUUAAGUGUUCACCCUCUUUAUUAAGAUAUGUGUAUUAAUACAACAGACUUAUUUCAGUUAUAAUUAUUACUUUUUAGCUUACAAGUAUUGAAAGUUGUUUUCUAGUAAUAUAAUAUUUGAUUCAAGCGAUAAUUCUUUUUAUAUGUACGCAAUUGUUAGAAUUAUGUGUUAUCUUUAAUAUUUUAAGAAUAUGUAGUGUUGCAAUUGGCCCUCAAUCAGGUGUAAUUAAGCCAAUCGUAGCAUACUCUAACUUUUAACAGUUGGAUUAAAACUUCGUAUUUCUUCUUUAUCUCUUUAAAACAAUUUUUGUUAAAUUUAAAUACUUUGUGCCUUACCGAAAUUUCAAAAUGUUGGGUGGUAAAUUACGUAGGAUAAAUUGUGCCAAAAAAAGUUGUUUUUUUGCACCGUAUAGUUUUUUAGAAUUUGCUUUGCACAAAUUUGAGAGAAAAAACGUUGUUAAUAAAAUUUGAAUUUCUUUUAAACUGGAAAUUUUUUUCACAAUAUUCCAUUAAAGACGACAAAAAUACAUUCUGCUGACGUUCAAGUAUACCUUUGAUUUAUAGAAUGCUGGCUCAAUAUCUUGUGAAUGUAUAUAAUGAUAUAAAGAGGAAAAACAAAUGUUCAGAAUUAAUGUAGUAUAGAAUCGCAUUGACGGUGAAAUUUGUGGCUCCGCACAAUAUACAUACAAAUAUAUAUAGACACAUAUUAUAAAUUCAUAUCUUUUGACUUUUCUGUGACUGCUGUGGUAUAUUUACAUACUCAUUCAGAAGCUGCAGCAGCAGUAUUGACACAAUGAACUUGUGCAAAGAAACCGCUGAAUUCUGUCGUUGUAUAAUGAUAUGCUAAUGUGAUAUAUUAAAAGUUCCUCUGUGUAGUGAUGACCAAUUAUGGCAAUACAGUUGUUUGCCAUUGCGCAGUUAAUUCCGCAGUAUCUAAUUGUUUUCUUGAAAGACAUGCGUUAUUCCUUUCUGUUGUUCAUUUGGUACUUUUUGUAUUAUUGUUCUUUUUCUUCAUUCUUUAAUUUUGUAUUUUUCUCUCAAUUGCAUUGACGCUUCCUUGUUGAGAAAUAUUUACAAUUAACAAUGCUAUUAUCUUUUUAUUGUACCCAAGAACACUUUCUCAAAGCAGCGAAUGCUUGACUGUAUCAUAUUAUAUUAUAUCAACAGACAACGCAGGAUAUGUUGUGGAAAAAAAUUUGUGAUCACAUACUAUAGAUAUAUAUUUUUUUGUUUCCAGUUUGUUUUCUGUGGUAAUUGUACAUCGAGAAAAUAAAUUACUAAGGCGUAAAAGAAGGUUUGAAAAAUUUAAUUGCUUGUCGAUUUCGUUGUUUAUUAGUAAGAAAAGUAAAAACAUAUGUAUAAAUUACCUUAAUUCCGGAUCACUGGAAAAAUGAAUCCGAUGUUAGAUCAGUCAAGAUUGUGAAGAAUUGUGAGAAUUACAGAAUAAUCUCAAGUACUUCCUAUCACGUCACAUACUCCAUCCUAGUUCACCUUCUAUUGCCUCUGUUUUUUCAUGAGUUCCUUUUUUCUUCUCACUGGAAGGAAAAAUACGCUGUUUAUUAGGGUGCCCUGGUCGAUUUUGACUUCAACGCAUAUAUUUGCAAGUAUCUAAGUUCGCGUUACUCAUAAGCACAAACUCUGAACAAAAACACUCCCAACACAGCUUCAUUUCAUUCCAAAAUAAAGAAAUGGCAUGAAUUCUACAAAAUUAUUAUUGCAGUUUCAUAGAAUCAGUGUCAUUUUUUUAUUUCCACAUCAAAUAAAAAUGUGUUGGAGUGGUUUUGUUCAGAAUCGUGUAUAGUAUGGAGCUGUUAAACCCUUUUAUUGCUUCUGAGAUACAUGGACUUAGGUAUUUGGAGUUAUAUACGUCAAUGUCGAAAUCGACUAGGGCACCUCUUUAAAUAGUGCCCAGCUUUAUAACAAGUGCAUCAAAAACUUACCUUUUUUCAAAGCGAUAUUAACCUGCUUGUCAGCGUCUGCAUUGUACUUAGUUUGCCUGUCGUGAGCCAGCAAGUCGCGUGCAAGGGAUAUUUCAUCCUCGAGGUACCAUUUCAGUGGGCCUCGACAUCUGUUACACUCACCCAUCGGGGCCCCAAUCAAUGUUCUUCGACUCUCUCUGCGAAUAGGAUAAGGAGGUUUGCCAAUAUCCUGAAUUCGCAGUUUCAAGUCCGGUCCUCCGCCAUUUAAAAAUAUCUUUUCCAUUGAUGUCUUGAACGGCGGCUGUCUCCUGUCGUACCGAGUGUCCAAGUCUUGAUUCUUGACGUCACAGCAGAAGCCAAACGGUUUUUUCAAGCUUACGCCUCUCGGCAAUCCUGAACCUGACCGUUUGCUUUGGGUCCUUUUCAUUGUGAGUGUUGAAUAAAUAUUUUUUUCUUCUUAUUGGUAAAUCUAAAACCCAACGAUUGUUAAUUUUGAAAAACCAAGAGUACAGGUAUUCAAGUUUUUGGGUCGAAAAAAGAUGUCGCAUACUUCAACUUACGACAAUGCACCAAUUCACAGUUUAAAAAUAAAUGCUGCACAUCAGAAAUGAAGUUAUUCUAAUGUGGUGUUGUUAUUAUUUUGCAAGAACAUGCGCAUUGAAAAUAUAAGUGAAGGAAAAGUAACAAGUUAAUGUAACAUGCCAUAUUCAAAUUUUUUUUUAUUUAUUCUUUUAUUUUAUUCUUAUCAAUCAUCGCUUAAAUACAGUUAGAAAAUAUAGUUAACAAUAUAUUAUGUAUAUAUAUAAACAGUAUGUGUAUGUAUAUAAUAUAAUUUUUUUUAAGAACUUCAAGUUUCAUAAAUAACCAUUCAAGAUUUGUAAUCACUUUUAUACAUGCAACAAAAAUACUACAAGGCACUGAUCACCCAAAACGUCGUUUUUUGGCACCCUAAUAAAAGCUAACCACAACGCAACAAUUUAUUUACUUGAAAGCAAUAACUCUGCUACUAAUACCUAUUCACCCUACCUCUUUAAAACUUGAGCGAAUUUUAUUCUUCUAUUCAAUUUGUUAAAUAAGUCGAUAAAUUUUAUCAAACAUUCUUUAUUCUCCGCAUGAAAUA